AUGCAGCACACAAGACCUCCGGACUGUCGAUGUCCUCAAUAUUCAGGCGGUGAAGCUCCACAGCUGCCCCCGGGAAAAGACGGAGGAUGGAGCCGUAAUGAGAUAAUGGGACCUCUAUUAGAUCCAAAACUAUAUCCAGUAAGAGUUGCUGCCAGUCCUGAAACCUCUUCAUCUCGAUAUGAUCAACCCAACGCUUUUCUUGACAAGCUUCAAUCAAAAUAUCCAAUGCUAUACAGUAUUCUUCAAAAUGAAGCAUCACCGGAGCUCAAGCAACGUAUUGACAGGGAUCGCAACAAGACCACAUACCAAGUUGACUACUGCGAGAGUGGUCCAGGGGCUAAGUUUGAAGGCCUUCAGCGAGCAGCUGACGAAAGCGGCACUGGCCCGUGUGCCCAGCCAAUGCGCCUACCGGGCGAUCCGUGCCGUGUCGGACCCAAGCCAAGAAAGGCAGCGCCCAGAACCAUGUCCAAGCAGGCUGGCGGUGGGGCUGCUACUGAUACAAGAGCCAAAUGCGAGACCACAUCAGCAGUACCUCCAUUGGGUAAAACCGAAUACCAAGAUGGAGUAUCCAAGCUCGGUGCUAUCAUCAUGCGAGAUAAAUUACAUAGAAAAUAA